UCAUUGCAUUGUUAUGAGAGUGGGUCGCUUGAUCUGUGUCGGACCGAGAGAAGUAUGUUAACAUCUCCUAUUAUGGGUGAAACUCUAUUUCUCUCUCCGCCUACUGUACUUUCUCCUUUAUGAAGUUGGUAACUGUAUUGCUUGGUGCGCCGAUCAUCAGAACUGUUUUGUAACCCUGGGAACUGCAGCUUGCAGCCUCACAGUGCCUCUCUGCUAUGCCCUGUGCUCUAACUCUAUCUUGCUUUGACAUCCAGACCUGAGCACGCCUGCCGCUCCAGCGAUGCCAGCCUUCUGCCGGGGCUGCGUGUCUGUGCGGAAGCUGGGGCGCAGGACUGCCCUGGACUGAUGGCCCGGACUCUCGCGGAGGCCCGCCCGCUGCCUGCCUUUCCCGUUAGGUUCCAAACCUCUGUCCCUUCCCGCCUUCGGGAAGCCGGUCCAGUUAGUUGGACGCUCCGCAGAGGGUUCUGGGAGAUGUAGUUUUCUUCCCGGCCUGUCCCGCCCGGCUCUGGGACGCAUGACGUACUUCCGCGUGCGCCGCCCCGCGGCGGUAGCCGGUAGGGGCGCCGGCGGUGCUGCCUCAGGCUUGUUGUCAGCGUUCUCCAGCGGGCGGGGGGCGUUCUGAGUGUCUGUGGCCGCGGAUCCGGCCAUUGCUGACCAGGCUCUGGUCCAGCGGAGCCCUCCACGGUCGGUCCCGUCGUGGACGGAUCCAGCCCGGCCUCUCCUCCCGCGUGAGGGCCGCGGAACGGUACGAACUCACCUCUCCGGUUCCUCUGUCCAGGCUCGGAGGUCGCCUCCCCGCUGGGGACUCAGCCCCGGAACCUCGCUCUGUGGGGGCGCGAGGUCCCUCCUGGCGGGGGGCGCGGGUGGAAGCAGCAGCGAGGCCCCGACGGUUCGGUGCCUCCCCCGCAGCCUGCACGGAACCGCGCGGGAUGGCCAAGACCCGGGCAGCUGCGUGUGGGGAAUCAUUGUCAUUCAAGGAUAUAGUUAUGGACUUCACCUGGGAAGAAUGGCAGUUACUGGAUUCUGCGCAGAAGUACCUGUACAGGGAUGUGACACUGGAAAACUACCGCAACCUGGUGUCUAUAGGGUAUCAUGGUACCAAACCUGAUUUAAUCUUCAAGUUGGAGCAAGGAGAAGAGCCAUGGAUAGGAAAUGCCAAACUUUGUCAUCAGAGCUGUCCAGAAGAUUGGAAAGAAUGGUACCAGAAGAAUCAAGAUGAGCUUGAAAGUGUUGAGAGAAACUAUGCUUGUAACACAUUUGGAAAACUUCAUCUGAGCAAAACCCAGGCUUCUUCAAGACAAAGACUCCAUAAGUUUAACACACUUGGGAAAAAAAGUUUGACACAAAAGUCAGGUUUAACCAGAAACUAUCUAAGAAAGAAUCCUGAUAAGUUUCAUGGAUAUGAACGGUCAUAUUUUCUUAAGCAUCAAAGAGCUCACAGUACAGAAAAAAACUGUGUAUGCGGUGAAUGUGGGAAAGCUUUUCGUUGUAAAUCCCAGCUCAUUGUUCAUCUCAGAAUUCAUACAGGGGAGAGACCUUAUGAAUGUACUAAGUGUGAAAGAGCCUUCAGUGCCAAGUCAAACCUUAACGCUCACCAGAGAGUUCAUACAGGAGAAAAACCCUACUCAUGCAGUGAAUGUGGCAAAGUCUUCUCUUUCAGGUCACAGCUCAUUGUCCAUCAGGAAAUCCACACAGGAGGGAAACCUUAUGGUUGCAGUGACUGUGGGAAAGCCUAUAGCUGGAAGUCACAGCUUAUUUUACACCAGAGAAGUCAUACAGGAGUGAAACCCUAUGAAUGCAGUGAAUGUGGGAAAGCCUUUAGUUUGAAGUCACCAUUUGUUGUACACCAGAGAACUCACACAGGAGUGAAACCCCAUAAAUGCAACGAAUGUGGGAAAGCCUUUAGGAGUAAGUCAUACCUCCUCGUUCACAUCAGAACACAUACAGGGGAGAAACCCUAUCAAUGCAGUGAUUGUGGGAAAGCCUUCAAUACGAAGACACAGCUCACUGUCCAUCAGGGAAUUCACACAGGAAAUAAUCCUUAUCAAUGCAGUGAGUGUGGGAAGGCCUUCGGGAGGAAGGAACAACUCACUGCACAUCUGAGAGCUCAUGCAGGAGAGAAACCCUAUGGAUGCAGUGACUGUGGGAAGGCUUUCAGCAGCAAAUCAUACCUCGUUAUUCACAGGAGAACACACACAGGAGAGAGGCCCUAUGAAUGUAGUUUCUGUGAGAGAGCCUUUUGUGGGAAGUCACAGCUCAUUAUACAUCAAAGAACUCACUCAACAGAGAAGCCCUAUGAAUGCAGUGAAUGUGAGAAAGCCUAUCCUAGGAAGGCAUCACUCCAGAUACACCAGAAAACUCACUCAGGAGAGAAGCCUUUCAAAUGCAGUGAGUGUGGGAAAGCCUUCACUCAGAAGUCAUCUCUCAGUGAGCAUCAAAGAGUUCAUACAGGAGAGAAACCAUGGAAAUGCUCUGAGUGCGGGAAAUCCUUCUGUUGGAAUUCAGGGCUCCGUAUACAUAGAAAAACUCACAAGUGAAAUUAGAAUGAAGCAGAUGUUAGAAACAUUCUAAUAAACUUGGUCCUUAGGAGACUUCAGAUGAUAAUAUAGACAGUAUAUAAGCAGGCAGUCCUAAAAAUUCACUCAUAUCAAAUAAGUCAUAUAGGAGAGAAACCAAUCAUAUUUGUAAUGACUGUGCAAAAGAUUUUAGAAAUAAGUCAUAUACAAACUUGAUGGAUGAGAAUAACUGAAGAAAUUGAGCAGGAACUAUAUAAAAUGUGCUGGCAUUAUGAAGAUGUAAUUUUAAGAAUUCAUAUUGAGAACACUUUAUAAAUUUAUUAAAUUGGGAAAGCAUUUUCUCAUAGAAAAUGUGUUAAAUGGAGAGUCACAUUCCAAAUUUGAAGCUAUGUUUUAGAGUGAAGAAAAUGAUUAUAAAUGGUAGACUUUUACAUGGUGGAGUAUAAAGGUUUUUAUUUUAAUAUGUAAAUAAAAUGUAAAGAUAAGGGUCAUAUUCUGUAGGUUAAGGAAUAUUUAGGGUGACUUUCAUGAACAGCACUGAAUAGCAUUUUUAAAACUAUUUUUAUUGACUUUUAGAAAGAUGAAGGGAGAGAGAAAGACAUUGAUCAGCUGCCUCCUGCAUGUUCCUUAGCAGGGAUUGAGCCCACAACGCGGGCAUGUGCCAGCAACCUUUCAGUGCACAAGACAACGCCCAACCAGCACCCACGCUGGCCAGGGCCUCAACAGCAUUUUUAAAAAUUUUGUUCUUUUAUUUUUCAAUGUAACUUGUUAUACUUAAUAGUUUGUGGAAUAACAUCCCCCAGUAUUCUUCAUGUUAAAUAACUAUCAGUAUUGUCUCUAUUUCUUAGCAAUAUAGCUAAUAUAAUGUGGCUUUUAAUAAAUGGAAAGGUACGGUUCUCAUUCCAAAUGAAUCCGCUUAUUCAGGAGUCUACAUCAGUGGGUCUGGCAAUGAUCACAGGGCUGCUGAAGAGAAUGCAUUGUAAUGAACAUCGAGUAUAUUUUAGCAGCUCAGUGUCCAUUCCCCUUGUAGUUUUCUCUGCAGAAGUACUUCUGUGUGUGCCUCCUUGUGGUGUCUUUUCCACUAGUGACAGGGAGGCAUUAUGCCCAUUGUUGGGUAACAGUAGCCUCUUUUCCAGGAUUUUUAAUUUAAUUCAAUCUCACAUGAACCAUAAAGGAAAUGUGGGAACGCCUAUGUUCUUCUCCCAGAAUUCUAUUCAGAUAAAAGGUUCCUGCUGUAUUGUUAUCCUAGACUAACUCUGAAUACUGUCCCUUUUUGAACCUGGUUUUCUGGCUUUAUGGGUGCUUCCUCGUAUCUUUUUAAUAAAAAAAUAUUUUUUCAGUUAAAGUUAAGGAGAAUGAGUUUAUCUUUCUUAUAACUGUAGGGCUUUAAUUGAUAAAUUGUUGCUCCAGAGUAGUGUAUAGAUAACAGAAUGGUAGAGAAAAGUGGGGUAUGUGGUUUAGAUUUUUUCCUAAAAUGAGAAACUCUUUCAUAUUCUUGUUUACAAUCCAAGAUGGAAACUUUUUAUCCCAUAAUAUGAAAUGGUGUUAUUGUUUGCGUACACCAAAAAGUUUGUGGCCCUUGAUAAGAUUCUGGGAACUCUGAGGAGCUAUUUCCAUAGAACUUUAAAUUUAUGAGGAAAUAUGGACAGGAGAUGAGAUGGAUACUUCUGGCCAUAGAAUAAGCCUUAAAAUUGAAUACUGGGGUCUUAUGAAAAGGAAACUGCAACCAGUAGAAAAUUAGCCAAAUCUGGGAUAUUAGAGCAUCCAAAUAAAUCAUAACAGGUUAUAACCCAAAGAAUAAGAAUCCAUAUAUCCAUAUUGAUAAAACUAGGUGGGUGAAAGUUUUAUGAGAGAAUAUUUCAUUAGUCUCAACACAUCUGCCCACAGAAUAUUUAUUAAUUACAAUUGGAAAAAUAAUAACUUUACAAAAGACAAAUAUGGCAUUUAUCACCUUAAGCUAUCACAAUUAAUAUUGUCAUUACUGGUACAAACAUCAUAAUAUGAAAUUCUUGAUAUGAUCUCUGAGAGUACAAUAUCACCUCUGUAGUAUUCCUGCCAAAACUGAAAAAUUGGAAUCUAAAUUGUGAGGAAAUAUCUAACAAACACAAGUUGAGAUCCAUUCAGCAUGAAAAUGGGACACACUUUAAAAAAAAAAAAAUGUUGAGAUCACGAGACAAAGUCUGCUCCAGUGUAAUGUACCUAAAGAUAUUUGACAUUGGAUACCAACCCCAAAUUUUGUUUCUGGGACAUUAUCAGGACAAUUGAUGGAAUUUGAAUAAGUUCUUUGUAUUAGAUAAAUAGUACUGCAUGUAUGUUACUUUCUUCAACUUGACUCAAACCCAAAGGACAAAUUUAUAUUGUUCAACCUUAUAAAUAUAUAAUAUGUCUAAAAUAACUCAAUGUUAGAGUUUAUUAAUAUAUUCAUCUUGUGAAAAUUAGUAAAGGGAAUAUUCAAUAAAAUGGAGUCAGGAGGCCAGAGGGGGAGCUCUCACACAGUACUACUUGAUGUCAUUUACAGGAAGAAUUGCCAGUUAUAGAUCCCAACAUAAGAAAUCAUCAGAGGCAAAGAAUCGCCAAUUACAGGCCCCAACAGAAAAGAUGUAUAUUGCAUCUCCUACAAGAAAUCGAGAAACCGAACACCCCUGCAGCCCAGCCAAUGAAGCCACCCUCCUCCUGAACUCUUGCUUUUCCCCAAUGAACUUUUGUUCAAAACUACUCCUCCCAACUUCUUCCUUUUUCUCCAUAAAAUAGCAUUCCUUUCUUUUGUUUGUUGAACUUGCCUAUGGCUUUUGCUAUAGCGUGCUUGUCCUGAAUUAACCCAUUUUUGCUGGCAAAAUAACUUUUAUUUUUAAGGCCAAUAAUCAUAUUAACCAGUUAAUGUAUAAAUAGGUUAAUAUAAAAAACAUUAUUACCCAGAUAGCUUAAGGAAAAUAUUCAAUACAUUUCAGCAAUUCUUCUUGACAAAAUUCUUAACAAACUCAAAAUGAAAGGUAACUUCAUUUUAGUAUAAUAAAAAAACCCUGCCAACCCCAUAGCAAAUAUAAUUAAAGUAAAACUUUAGAAACAUAAUUAAAGUCAGGACCUACUGAUUCUAUUUCUCAUACUGUUAAGCAUUGAACUGGCAUCCUAUUCAAUGCAAGAGGACAAAAAAAAUAAAGAUGAACAAUUAUAUGGACUAGAACAGUGAUGGCGAACCUUUUGAGCUCGGCGUGUCAGCAUUUUGAAAAACCCUAACUUAACUCUGGUGCCGUGUCACAUAUAGAAAUUUUUUGAUAUUUGCAACCAUAAUAAAACAAAGACAUAUUUUUGAUAUUUAUUUUAUAUAUUUAAAUGCCAUUUAACAAAGAAAAAUCAACCAAAAAAAUGAGUGUCAUAGGUUCGCCAUCACUGGACUAGAAAGAAAGAGAAUUAUUGCUACUUUAUUUUAUUUUUUAAAGAAUAUUUUUAUUUCAUAGAGGAAGGGAGAGCGAUACAGAAACAUCAAUGAUGAGAGAGAAUCAUUGAUUGGCUGUCUCCUGCACGCCCCCUACUGGGGAUCGAGUCGGAAACCCAGGCAUGUACUCUUGAACACAAUCGAACCCAGGACUCUUCAGUCUGCAGGCCAAUGCUCUAUCCACUGAGCCACAGCAGCUAGGGCAAGAAUUAUUGUUAUUAGAGGCAAGAUCUGAAAAGCGAUUUUAGCAAUGUUGCUAGGUACAAAUCAAUAUUUUCCUAUACGCCAUCUGUCUUAGUCUUCUCUGGCUGCUGUAACAAAAUACCACACACUGCUUGCCUUAAACACAGAAAUUAACUUAUUUUCUCACAGUUCUGGAGGCUAGAAGUCCAAGACCCAGAUGUCAGCAGGGCCAGUUUCUGGUGAAAGCUCUCUUCCCGGCCUGCAGACAGCCACCUUCUCCUGUCUUCACAUGGCCUUUCCUGGGGUGUGUGUCUAGAGAGAGCACCCUGGUUUCCCUUCUUAUAAGGACAACAAUCUUAAGGGAUCAGGGCCCCAACCUUAUGACCACAUGCAACCCUCAUUUUCUUAAAUGCCCCAUCUUCAAAUAGAGCCACCCUGGUGGUUAGAAUUUCAAUAUAUGAAUUUUGGAGGUACACAAUCAGUUCAUAGCACAACAGCCAAUAAGAAAAUACAGAAGGGGAGGGGGAAAAACUGACCAUAAUAUCAACAGGCAUGAUAAAACAAGAAUAAUACGUCUUAUGUAAUGUUGAAUUUAAAAUCAGAUCCAGGAAUAAAUAUUUUAAAAAAUUGCAUAAACUGAGAAUUUAUUAAUAAAAUGUUAAGAUGCUAUUAAAGUUCAUAAAGGAACUGAAAAGAAAAAUUGAAAGAUAUGCUCAGAUGCUCAUCUACUGAACAACACUGGCUGGGCUGGAAUGCACAUUUAAAUUAAAAUUUUUAUUUUAAUCUUAUUGAAGUGAUUAAAUUUUUCCUUUGACUUAUUGAUAAGGUAAUAUUAAUGGGUAGCCAGGUCAUCUUUGUGUUUCUAGGAUAGAACCCACUUGGCUAUAGCAUAUUUUUGUAAGGUAUUGCCAGCUUCUUCUGUUAAUAAUUUCUCAGUAUUUUUGCGUGGAUAGUAGUAAUUAAGUUUUGUCUAUGCUUCCUUUUUAAAUCAUUACAUUUGUUGAUUUUGGUGUCCUAUGCUAUUUGAUAAAUAUAAAAAAGGUUCCUCCUAAUUCCUCAGGAACUAUUUAAAUAUAAUAAUUCUCUCCUGGAUGUCUGAAAGAAUUCACCAGAAACUCAAUGACUGAUGCUUUUCCUUCUUUUCUCUGUAUUUUUAUUUACUUAUAAAAUUUAUUUUUAGGGAGAGAAAGGGAGAGAAACCUUGGCGAAUAAGGACCACACUCUAACCGAGCUACACGUCAGGGUUCCAUGACUGAUGCUUUUCGACAGAGAAUCUCUGAAAUUGUCUUCGUUUGCAUCCAUGAUUAGUUUUUCUCAUUUAUUGGGUCAAAUUUGAUAUAUCUAUUUGCGCCAUUAAAGUUUUUCAAAUUUAUUAGCACCGAGAGGAUUCUCAUUCAG